CCGGAACAACACCACUGACCGACUACGUCACGGCGUCCGCUAUCGAUCCACCACCCGCGCACCACUCGCUCUGAAUCAUAGUGGGAUGUAACAUGCACAUCACGGCGGGCCUCUCACCGGCAUCCGGCGAAAUGCUGGACUUCUCUGGACAGUACUUCGCGCUCGACCACGCUGUCCCAGAGUCAUCCCACACCGUCGAAAUUGAAUAUGUGUACGAGCAGCCGCAUAUGUACGCGCAGAAUGAGGGGUCUGACACUCCGGUGCCGAAGAAGGUGCGCCCGAAGAGAGUCCGCGAAGAACCAGAGACCGACCUGACCAAUCUGAACUGGCUACAGAAUAUAACCAACAUCAUGUCCAUCCCGCAGUUCCCCAUAUCGCCCGUGUCUCCGAACCCGCAGAUGAAAUCGCAAACGCAAAGCACAAGGCUAGAGAAAUUCAACCAGACGAUAGCCAAAUGUCAGGAGGAUUUCAUGGAGAACAGAGAGCAGUACAAGACGAAAAGCGAUAAGAAGCCUCCGUACUCGUACAGUACCUUGAUAUGCAUGGCCAUGAGGUACAACAACGACAAGAUGACGUUAUCAGCUAUUUAUUCCUGGAUAAAAGACAAUUUUAAAUACUACAGGAACGCCGAUCCAACGUGGCAGAACUCCAUACGGCAUAAUCUGUCGUUAAACAAAGUAUUCGUAAAGGUGGCGCGAUCGAAGCAGGAACCAGGUAAAGGUGGUUUUUGGAAGCUAGACCUCGCCCAUUUAGAGGGCACGAAACGUAUAUCAAACCGACACAAGAAGAAGAAAACUGACCCGAAAGUCGAUCCAAAGAUAACAGAAGAUAAAACAGCGGUAGCUAAUAUACCCCAAAUUGAUAGUCAAAUGAUAGCAAGCAUCGCCAGCGAUAUCGGCCAGGCUGUGACUCUGCACUUACCUGAGCUGUCUUUACCCAUCCCUGGCAUGGACGUGGAGACGAAUAUCGGGGCAAAUGUUAUAGUGGAACCAGUUGUACCUCCUCCCUUGAUACCUGAUGAUGAUUUGUCAUCUUUGCUCCUGAAUCCCACUGAGUGGGACGACCUACAGUUGGAUAUGUUAGAUAACUAUUUGGAUCCGUGUUUCAAGUAAGUGCUUGGAAGGUUUUUGUGACAAUUAAUG